CGAGGUUCACUUCAGUCAGUGUGGCUCGCUCGCCUGAUAACGCUACAUCCCUCCGCCAAACAUGUCUGAAUACCACAAACCCGACUCCAACUACCUGCAGGAGCUCAAGGACAUCGCCAACAAGCUACGCAUCCACUCAGUCAAGGCGACGUCAGCCAGUAAUUCCGGACACCCAACAUCAUGUGCUUCCAUGGCGGAGGUGAUGUCCGUCCUGUUCUUCCACACCAUGAGGUACAAGGUGAGCGAGCCACGCGACUCCAGCUCCGACCGCUUCAUCCUGUCCAAGGGACACGCCGCUCCCAUCCUCUAUGCCGCCUGGGCAGAGGCUGGGCUCUUCCCUCGUGAGGAGUUGAUGAACCUGCGGAAGAUUGACAACGAUCUUGAAGGCCACCCGACCCCUCGCCUCAACUUUGUGGAUGUGGCUACCGGUUCCCUGGGUCAGGGCCUGUCAGUGGCCUGUGGGAUGGCUUAUGUUGGGAAAUACUACGACAAGGCCUCCUACAGAACAUACUGCCUGAUUGGUGAUGGUGAGAGUGCUGAGGGCAGCAUCUGGGAGGCUCUGAGCUUUGCUGGUAUCAAGAAGCUCAACAACCUGGUGGCCAUCUUUGACAUCAAUCGCCUCGGCCAGUCUGAGCCCACUGCCUUCCAGCAUGAAAUGGACACAUACCGUGCUCGCCUGCAGAGCUUUGGCUUCAAUGCUCUGGUGGUCGAUGGACAUGAUGUGGAGGCACUGUGCAAGGCAUUCCAUGAAGCUGCCCAGACGGAGGACAAGCCCACUGCUAUCCUGGCCAAGACUUACAAGGGCAAGGGCUUCCCAGCGAUUGAGGACGAGGAGAACUGGCAUGGCAAACCUUUGGGAGCCAAGGCAGAGGAGGUGCUUAGCUAUGUGGAGAAACAAAUCAAAAACAAUGGCCCUAACAACCUGGUACCCCAAAAGCCUCUUCACCAAGAUGCCCCCAAAGUGGACAUCACUAACAUCCGGCUGCAGUCCCCCCCAAGCUACAAGAAAGGUGACAAGGUGGCCACCCGACAGGCUUAUGGCACAGCUCUCUCCAAGUUGGCUGAGAACAAUUCAAGAGUGAUUGCCCUUGACGGAGACACCAAGAACUCCACCUUCUCUAAUGCCAUGUUGAAGACAGAUGCAGAGAGGUACAUUGAAUGCUUCAUUGCUGAGCAAAACCUGGUGGGUGUGGGCAUUGGGGCUGCCUGCCGAGACCGUACUGUCGCGUUUGUGUCUACCUUCGCUGCGUUCUUCACCCGUGCCUUUGACCAGCUUCGUAUGGGUGCCAUCUCCCAGACAAAUUUGAACUGUGUUGGGUCCCAUGCUGGUGUGAGUAUUGGUGAGGAUGGCCCCAGCCAGAUGGCCUUGGAGGACCUGGCCAUGUUCCGUUCCAUACCCACAGCCACGGUAUUCUACCCAUCUGAUGCAGUGUCCACUGAACGUGCCUGUGAGCUGGCGGCCAACACCCCUGGCAUUUGCUUCAUCAGGACCUCCCGUCCUGGCACUGCAGUUGUUUAUGAUAACGAUCACAAGUUUGAGCUUGGGAAGGCUAGUGUGCUGCGAUCAUCAGGAGAUGACAAGGUGCUGGUGAUUGGUGCUGCCAUCACCCUGCGUGAGGCCAUGACUGCUGCCGACAAGCUGGAGGGGGAGGGCAUUAAUGUCCGUAUAAUGGACCUAUUCACCAUCAAGCCCAUCGACAAGGACGCCAUCAUCUCCAACGCUAAGGAGUGUGGUGGCCGCAUCAUUGUUGUGGAGGACCACUACCCUGAAGGUGGCAUUGGGGAGGCCGUGAUGUCUGCUGUGGCCAUGGAGAGGGACAUCAUCGUCCGUCAAUUAGCAGUGCCUCGCGUCCCUCGCUCCGGCAAGUGUGAUGAGCUGCUGGACAUGUUUGGCAUCUCUGCCGCCUGUGUGGUGAAGGCCGCCAAGGAGAUCAUUGAGGUGUAGACACGUGGCGGUCACUGAUGAGCAGGAUACUGAAUGAUGACAAUUCCUUGAUGACAAAAACACUAGAGCAAGAACCAUGAGACUCGCAAAGACAGCGAUAAAUAAUCAUUUGUGGAUAAUUUUUGUCCUCUGAAGUUACUGAACAGCAUGAAGAUAUUUUUGUAAAAGUUCAACAUUCCAUAAAAGUCGGGACACUAAUAGGCAAGUAGGGCUUAUUUAAGGACCAAACAAUUAUGAUAAGUCAUUCCAGUGUUCAUUCCUAAUUAUUGGACCAGUGUGUGCAUUUUGAAUGCUUAUGGCUACAUUCCAAGGAUUAUUAAACUAUAGAGUUAUUCAGUAUAAUCACAACUAUUCAUAAUGACAUAAUUGUCAUUCAAAUUCAUAACAACCAUUACCUCUGAUGUCCAGAGAACAUCACAAAAAAAACUAAACCUACUAGUUUAGCAUGGUUAGUGCAAACUAAUAAAUUGGCAAGCAUUGAGUGCAAGUAUGGUUCCUAGUUUGCAGUAUAGGCUAUUCAGUGCCUGUAUUGGCCAGUUAUGUGCAACAGUGCAGGAUAUUUGUGCUUAUGCUUGACUACUGAUGCUGAAUUUUGUUGAAUGAAGGUCACUGAACAGAUCACUAGUGCUUCAAGAGUUUCAGGCACAAGCAGUGUUGUCUGAAGGAAGAGAUCCUUCUUUAUAGUAAUUUAUUGUUGCGUAUUUAGUCCCAUCAAAAAUUUAAAGAUUAAAUUGUUGUAUUGUAAUAAAUGUUUAAGUGAAAA